AGUUUUGUUCGUGUGUAAUUUUAUUGCCGAUUUUAUUCUUUCUUGUUUAAUAGUAUUUCAUUAUAUUUAAAAUUUAAGUUAAAAUGUCUGAAAGGCCUGAAGAAGAUUCCCCUCUGCCAACUCCUAGGUCUAAUAUGUCCUCACCAGCUCAGGAUUUAGAGCCCUUUGAAGAUGAAGGAGCACUUUUAGGAGAUGUAGAUCAAGAUAUGGAAGAGGAAGAUGGCGAGGAAUUAUUUGGGGAUAAUAUGGAAAAUGACUACCGUCCUAUGCCUCACUUGGAUCGAUACGAUGACCGUAUUGUGGACGAUGACGAAUAUGAUCAAAUGUCCGUUGGAGAUCGUUUAGCCGCUGAAGAAGAACUGAGACGGCGAGACAGAGAGAUGGGCAUCCUUAGGAGAGAUGAUAGAGAAUUAUUUUAUGACCAAAGUGAUGAUGAAGAAGAUCCACGACGUAAGAGACGCAUAGCUGAAAAAGCUGCUGUUGGAGAAGUCGAAGAUACGGAAAUGAUUGAAUCCAUUGAAAAUCUCGAGGAUACCAAAGGGUAUACUAUUAAAGAGUGGGUGAUAAUGAUGGGGCCUAGAACGGAAAUAGCUAACAGAUUUAAAAACUUUUUACGUACUUAUGUUAAUAGCAAGGGACAGUACGUUUAUAAAGAGAAAAUUAGGAGAAUGUGUGAAAAUAAUCAGUCUAGUUUUACUAUAGAAUUUCCAAACCUUGCAAAAAAAGAACAUGUUUUGGCUUAUUUUCUGCCUGAAGCACCUUUCCAAAUGUUGGAAAUAUUUGAUGAAGUGGCUAAAGACAUAGUGCUCUCCAUGUAUCCAAGUUAUGAUAGAGUUACUAACGAAAUUCAUGUAAGGAUAUCUGAUUUACCUCUUAUAGAGGAACUUCGUACAUUCAGGAAUUUACAUGUGAAUCAACUGGUAAGAACUCUUGGGGUUGUAACUGCCACAACUGGAGUAUUGCCACAAUUAUCUAUUGUUAAGUUUGAUUGUAAUAAGUGUGGGUGUAUAUUGGGACCUUUUAUGCAAAGCCAGGAAUCAGAAAUCCAACCUGGCGCUUGCCCAGAGUGUCAAAGCCAUGGACCAUUUAUGAUAAAUAUGGAGCAAACUCUUUACAGAAAUUACCAGAAAAUCACCCUCCAAGAAUCUCCUGGUCGCAUACCAGCCGGCAGAGUGCCCCGUUCCAAAGAUUGCAUUUUACUGGCUGAUCUGUGUGACCGUUGCAAACCUGGAGACGAAGUGGACGUUACAGGGAUUUACACAAAUAGUUACGACGGUUCCCUCAAUACCGACAAUGGCUUCCCAGUUUUCUCCACGGCCAUCUUUGCAAAUCAUCUCCUUGUAAAGGAUUGUAAACAAAUAGUGCAGUCUCUUACAGAUGACGAUAUAAAUGCUAUUAUCAAAAUGAGCAAGGAUCACAGAAUAGCGGACAGGGUUAUCGCCUCGAUAGCGCCGUCUAUUUAUGGGCAUGAUUUUAUCAAAAGAGCAUUGGCUUUGGCAUUGUUCGGAGGAGAACCAAAAAAUCCAGGUCAGAAACAUAAACUAAGAGGUGAUAUAAAUGUCCUAAUCUGCGGAGAUCCCGGUACAGCAAAAUCGCAGUUUCUGAAAUUUGUUGAGAAAAUUGCACCCAGGGCGGUAUUCACCACUGGACAGGGGGCCAGUGCUGUAGGUUUAACAGCGUACGUUAGGAGAAACCCUACCACCCGAGAAUGGACGUUGGAAGCAGGCGCCUUAGUUCUGGCAGAUCAGGGUGUCUGUUUAAUAGACGAAUUUGAUAAGAUGAACGAUCAAGACAGGACUUCAAUUCACGAGGCGAUGGAGCAACAAUCUAUCUCGAUUUCAAAAGCUGGUAUUGUGACGAGUCUACAAGCACGUUGCUCAGUGAUCGCAGCUGCCAAUCCCAUUGGUGGUCGUUACGAUGCUAGCAUGACGUUUGCGGAAAACGUGAAUCUGUCCGAUCCUAUUUUAUCGAGAUUUGAUAUUCUCUGUGUUGUGAGGGAUGAAGUGGAUCCCAUCCAAGACCAGCAUCUUGCCAGGUUUGUUGUCGGUUCACAUAUCCGCCACCACCCUUCCAAAAAGGAUGCCGAUGUGCCGGAAGUAGUAGAAAACGACUUGCAAAUUCCUCAGGAAAUGUUGAAGAAAUAUUUGGUUUAUGCCAGGGAGAAUAUUCAUCCCAAAUUACAGAACAUAAAUCAGGAUAAAGUAGCUAAUAUUUACAGUAUGUUGAGGCAGGAAUCUCUGGCCACCGGCAGUCUUCCUAUAACGGUCCGUUACAUCGAGAGCAUAAUCCGCAUGAGCGAGGCUCAUGCAAGAAUGCAUUUAAGGGAGUACGUUCAAGAAGACGACUUGAACAUGGCUAUAAGAAUGAUGCUGGAGAGCUUCGUGGAGACCCAGAAAUAUAGCGUCAUGAAGACGAUGAAGCAGGUGUUCCGACAAUAUCUCACAUUCAAAAAGGACCACAGUGAGCUCCUGUUAUAUAUCUUGAGGCAGUUAGCUCAAGAUCAACUGUCGUUCCAGAGAAGUACCUCAGAAAUGGAAGCACUCACUAUAGAGAUCGACGAGAAGGAUCUUCUCGAUAAGGCCAAGCAAAUCGAUAUUCACGACCUUAAGCCGUUCUACCAAAGCAAAAUAUUUGAGUCGAAUGACUUUGUUUAUGAUGCUAGGAGAAAAGUCAUAGUACACACAGUACCGGAAACAAUUUCUACAGAAGAUUAAAAAGUACAUUAUUUUUUAAGCAUAUCUUAUAGAUUAUUUUUUUUAUUUAUUAAAUAUAGUUUUUCAUUAUACU